CAUAGAGAUAGAGAUAGAGAGAGAGUUUGCUGAUCGAUCGAUCAUAUCAGAUCGAAAGAAGCUCAGCUCUCCAUCUCUAAAUCGUCUCAAAUCUAAUUAAGUACGUACGUACAAUAAUUAAUCCAAAAUGAUGAAUUCUCAUCAGCUGGCUGGCGUGUUUGGAAUUCUUGGAAACAUUAUAUCGUUCAUGGUGUUCUUGGCUCCACUGCCAACAUUUCAUACGAUUUACAAGAGAAAAUCGUCGGAGGGUUUUCACUUUCUUCCAUAUUCUGUGGCGUUGUUUAGCUGUAUGAUAACUUUAUACUACGCAUUGGUGAAGCAGCACGUGCUUUUUCUCAUAACCAUCAACGGCAUUGGAAUAUUUGUUGAGACUAUAUAUCUCGUACUCUACUUCGUUUAUGCCAAGAAACGGGGCAGGAUUUUGAUGGCAGUGGCGGUACUUGUGUUCAACAUUGGAGUUCUAGGGUUAAUCGUUGUUUUGACGUACUUUCUUUCCGAAGGUAACAAACGAGUGAAAAUUGUAGGAUGGAUUCUCUCUGUCAUCUCAGUCUGCGUCUUCGCUGCUCCUCUUAGCAUUAUGAUGAAAGUUAUUAGGACAAAGAGUGUGGAAUACAUGCCCUUUAACUUGUCCUUGUUCCUUACUCUCUGCGCCGUCGUCUGGCUUCUCUACGGGCUUUGUAUCCGCGAUUUCUACAUAGCUACGCCAAACGUGCUGGGAUUUGCAUGCGGAAUAGUACAAUUAAUCCUGUACGCGAUAUAUAGAGACCGGAAAACGGCUGCAGUGGUGGCGCCCAACGGCGGGAUCCAAGGCGUGGCCAUCGUGGUGGACGCCACGGCGGCGGAGAUGCUACAAAAAGGGACAGACGAUGAGAUCCAUGAAACGACGCCGUCCUCCGUCGUGGUUGACAUGAAGAAGGUGGUGGAGAUGCAGCAGGGGAAAGUGGUAUAAGCAACUAGUUUGCGUUACAACUUGGCUAUCUACAACCCAUAGAACAUUAUAUAUGAAGCUAAGGUCUCAUCAUCUC